AUGUCUUCAUCUACCACAGUUUUCGUUUCUGGUGCUUCAGGUUUUGUUGCUCAAACUUUAGUCAAGCAAUUGAUCGAAAAAGAUUAUAAAGUUGUUGGUACUGUUAGAUCCAAUGAAAAAGGUGACUCUUUAAAAGAAAAUUUGAAAGCUGCUAAAUUGGCUUCAGAAAAUUUCACUUAUGAAAUUGUUAAAGAUAUUUCUGUUAAAGGUGCUUUUGAUGAUGCUUUAAAGAAACAUCCAGAAGUUACUGUUUUCUUACAUACUGCUUCUCCAUUCCAUUUCAACAUUACUGAUAUUGAAAAAGAAUUAUUAACUCCAGCUGUUGAAGGUACUAAUAAUGCCUUACAAGCCAUCAAAACUUAUGGACCACAAGUUAAACGUGUUGUUGUCACUUCUUCAUAUGCUGCUAUUGGAAGAUUUGGUGAUUUAGCUGACCCAUCAAUCCCAGCUAAUGAAGAAUCUUGGAAUCCAAUCACUUGGGAACAAUCAUUGGCUGAUCCACUUUCUGGUUAUGUUGCAUCCAAGAAAUUUGCUGAAAAAGCCGCAUGGGAUUUUGUUGAAAAGGAAAAACCAAAUUUCACUCUUUCUGUUAUUAAUCCAGUUUAUAUUUUUGGUCCACAAGCUUUUGAAAUCAAAAAUAAAUCCCAAUUAAACACAUCAUCAGAAAUUAUUAAUGGAUUAUUGAAUUCAAAACCAAAUGAUACAUUCACUAAUUUAACUGGUUAUUUUAUUGAUGUUAGAGAUGUUGCUAAAGCUCAUAUUGUUGCUUUUGAAAAAGAUUCAAUUCAAGGUAAAAGAUUAAUUUUAGCUGAAUCUCCAUUUACAACUCAAAGUAUUUUGGAUUUGAUUCAUAAAGAUUUCCCUCAAUUGAAUUCUAAAUUACCUAAAGGUGAUCCAUCUCAAGCUGAUGCUUGGAAGAAAGGUGAAAGUAGAAUUGAUAAUGAAAAGACUAGAGAAUUACUUGGAUUCAAAUUUAUUGAUUUCAAAAAAUCUAUAGAUGAUUCUGUUGUUCAAAUCAUUGGUUAA